GCAAGGAAGUCAGGGAGUUGCACUUGCACCCCUUUUUUUUUCUUUCUUUUUUUUCCAUGUGAAGGGAGGGUGAGAUAGAAAGUUUAUUGUGUGAGUUAGAUUUUUGUUCGUCAAAAUCUGGGGAUCUUCUCAACGCUGAUUGAUCGAAUUCUUCAAAUUGAGAGAAACCUAUGGGCGAGCUCAAAUGGAGAACUUGAAAUCGGAAGCUAUGGCUUUCCUCGAUUCCUGAUCUAUUGUUUUUCCUCAUCUUCGAGGUAAUUUGUCGGCCGUUGAUUCCUGUAUCCACUAGAUUAACAGAGAGAGAUAGAGAGAGAGAAAGAGAGAGAGAGAGAUAGGAAAUGAACGGAGGUGAUGAGGUCGUCGCAGCUCCGGCAGACCUACCUCCCCCGCUGGAAUGGAGAUUCUCUCAGGUAUUCGGUGAACGCAGCGCCGGAGAGGAAGUUCAAGAGGUUGAUGUAAUUUCUGCAAUUGAAUUCGAUAAAUCUGGUGACCAUCUUGCUACCGGGGACCGUGGGGGACGAAUUGUUAUCUUUGAGAGAACAGAUACGAAGAGUCUUCGUGGAUCGAGAAGAGAUCUUGAAAGAACUGACUUUCCACCACGCCACCCAGAGUUUCGAUAUAAAACGGAAUUUCAAAGCCAUGAACCUGAGUUUGAUUAUCUGAAGAGUUUGGAGAUAGAGGAGAAAAUUAAUAAAAUCAGAUGGUGUCAAACAGCUAAUGGCGCCCUUUUUCUCCUUUCAACAAAUGACAAGACCAUCAAGUUUUGGAAGGUUCAAGAGAAAAAAUUGAAGAAAAUUUGUGAUAUGAGUAAGGAUCCGUCGAGAGCUGUAGAAAAUAGCAAUAAUGCUAGUUCAAGCAGCACAAAAUCAUGCUUCAUGAAUGGGGGACUACCUGACAAAGCAUACAAUUGUUUAAGUAAUGAGUUCUCAUUCCCCCCGGGAGGCAUCCCAUCGCUGCGGUUACCAAUGGUAACUAGUCAUGAAACUAGCCUUGUAGCUAGAUGCCGGAGAGUGUAUGCUCAUGCGCAUGAUUAUCAUAUCAAUUCCAUUUCAAAUAAUAGUGAUGGUGAGACAUUUAUCUCUGCGGAUGAUCUGAGAAUAAAUCUUUGGAACCUGGAGAUAAGCAAUCAAAGUUUCAAUAUUGUUGAUGUCAAGCCUGCAAAUAUGGAAGAUCUAACUGAGGUUAUCACAUCAGCGGAAUUUCAUCCUACUCAUUGUAAUACAUUAGCAUAUAGCAGUUCGAAAGGCUCAAUUCGCCUGAUUGAUAUGCGACAAUCAGCUUUAUGCGACUCCCAUUCAAAAUUGUUUGAGGAACCAGAGGCACCGGGUUCUAAAUCUUUUUUCGCAGAGAUUAUUGCUUCAGUUUCAGACAUCAAAUUUGCGAAUGGAGGAAGAUACAUACUUAGCCGUGAUUACAUGACACUUAAGUUGUGGGACAUAAACAUGGAUUCAGGUCCAGUAGCAACAUUCCAGGUUCAUGAGCAUUUGAGGCCGAAGCUCUGUGAUUUAUACGAAAAUGACUCCAUCUUUGAUAAAUUCGAGUGUUGUCUAAGUGGUGAUGGAUUGCGAGUAGCUACAGGUUCUUACAGUAAUUUAUUCCGUGUAUUUGGUGUUUCCCUGGGGAGUACUGAGGCUACAACCUUGGAGGCCAACAAAAAUCCAAUGAGGAAACAAGUUCCAACUCCCUCGAGACCUUCCAGAUCACUUAGAGGAGGAAUAGAGACUUCAGGGGUCGAUACGAAUGGAAAUCCAUUCGAUUUCUCGACAAAGUUACUGCAUGUGGCUUGGCACCCUACAGAGAACUCAGUCGCCUGUGCCGCUGCCAACAGUUUGUAUAUUUACCAUGCUUGAGAAAAGCGAAGCAACAUUCAGGUUUCUAACAGUGAGAGCAUUGGAAGUUGCUCAGUGGCGAUCGGAUCUCGGCUCGGAAAAGCGAGUCGGGUAUUUUUUCGUUCUUCCCCCGAUGGUAUGAAUUGUGGCUCGGUUCGAUCUCUCAGCCUAAUGAAUGAAUGAAUCAUCAUCCAUUUUCUGUAGUUUUAUAGAAGAUUGCACUCAUGUGCAAUGAGAUUGUGUGCUGUUGGGUCAUAGGAAUUUCAGAGCUUUGGGUCAAUGAAUAUUGAAAUUUCUUAUUUCCUCUUUGGGUCUUUAGCAUUGAACGGUUUGGUUGGGGUUAUUAGAUUUGGAUUAAUAGAAUUUGUCAACUACUGUUUUUUUUUUUUUGGAACUUCCAAAGUGAGUGGAAGAGUUGUUUGUCCCUUGUAAUGUUUGGAGUAUCCUCACCAAAGUGCAACGGAUAGUUGUUUA